UUACUCCCAUAACACAUGGAACCGAAGGCUUAUUCAGAUUUUUUGAACUCUGUUGUUUUCUUGCAUCUCAACGCUUAGCCCACAGAACCGGAGGCUAAUUCAUUUUUGUAAAACUGGUUUUUCGUUGCAUUUUAACAUUUCCUAUAUUUGUUUCUGUGGGGGAAAAAUGAGUUUGACAGAGGCAGGAUACGCAGCCCGGCGAGCGGCGCAGCAAGAGCGCGUCCGCAUUUUGUACCGCCAAUGUCUGAAAAAUGCGCUCAGCUGGGUUAUUCGCAGACCGCUCUUUUAUGAGGAUGCAUCAAGGAUUAGGGAUGAGUUUGAGGCUUACAGGCAUGUGGAUGACAUUGACACAAUUGAUAGGAUGAUUGGGGCUGCAGAAGCAAAAUUGAUAAGAUGGAGCCAUCCAGAUCCUUAUAUUGUUCCCUGGGCUCCUAAAGGUUCAAAAUUUGCUCGCAAUCCGCCCGUUCCCGAGGGAUUUGUUGAUUCAGAUUGGAAUUGUGAUUUGGACAAUAAGGAGGUCCACUAGUGGCCAUGUGUUCAAUAUGUUUGGAGGAGCGAUAAAUUGGAUGAGCAAGUGAAAGCUUAUCAUUGUGUUGUCUACUAUAGUAGUUGAGUACAUGGUUGUGGCACAUGCUUGUAAAUAGGCAGUGUGGUUAUAGAGAUUGUGUAUAGGUAUUGGCAUUGAAUGCAAACAGUUUAGGAUUGGACAAUCAAUUAUAAUAGUCAGGGAGCCACUUGUUUGGCAAAGAACCAAUGUAGCAAGCUUAUAUGAAGUACUUUGAUAUUCAGUAUCACUUUGUUUGCGAGAUGGAUAAGGGUGUUAAGAUUCAUGGUAGAUAAGGUUGAUAUUUUCUUCAAUGUUGUAGAUGCUCUUACUAAGUU